AUGUAUUCCUCCUAUCCUAGAGGACGUCACCUCCUCACCGAUUCGGAGUCUGACUUCUCCGAAUCGGACUACUCCAUGGUAGAGACGACUCCACGCCGGAAAGUCACUACUCGUCGACGCUCCAUCUCCCGCCACCGCUGGAGCCCCGAACACAUCCAUAGUAACACCUACCUCAGCCCCGUGAUCCAUGACCACCAUGCGCCUCAACGCUCCGCCUCCACGGGCGCCCGUCGUCGCCCCGAUCGUGAGCGCGAGCGUGAACGCAACAACAACCAGCCCGUCGCCGUCAUCGUCGACGUCCACAACAAGUAUGACGCCAAAGCCGACGCCAAGACAGAUGCAAAGAGCGAUGCCAAGAAUGACGCUCGGAACAAGAGUGCCACCAAGAACCGGAAACAGGAACACAAGAUGCAGCAGAACUACAUCGAUCCCUACGAGUCGGAGGAUGAGACCAGGUUGCGGGAUCAUCGCCGAGCUCGCACUCGCCCGAGUAGUAUCUCCCGGGAGGCAUCACCGCUCCCACCUACGAGGGACUAUGAGCUGAUGCUCGAUACGCGGUUCCUUGAGAGGAAUGACGCCCGUCAGGACCUGGAGCUCCUGCGUCAUCAGCAGGAGAUCGCCCGUCUAGAGCGGGAGCUGGCUCGUCAUCGUGAAACCUCCCAGCAUCGUCAACAGCAGCAGCUGCAGCCGGAGGAGGAUCUGUACGAGGACGAGAUCAGUGAGCGGCUGCGACGGCUGGAACGGUACGAGAAGAAGCAGCGCAUGGAAGAAGAGCAGCGUGAGGCAGAGCAUCGCUACCAACUCAUCAAAUUCGAAGAGGCCCAGCGUAAGGCUGCGGAGCAGGAGGAGCUCAGCCAGAAGAUGCGUCAACGGCAGCUGGAAGAGAUCCAGCGCAAGAUGGAAGAGGAGGAGGAGAAGGAACGCAUCAGGAAAGAGCUUCGUGAUGAAGAGGCCAGGCGAAUUCUGGCUGAGCAGGAGCGCGCCCGCAAAGAAGCCGCGAUGAAGCAGGCCGCUAUCGAGGAGUGGAAGCUCAACGAGGAGCGGAGAAUGAUUGCCGAACGGGAAGAAAGAAAGAGACGUGAUGCUGAAUUCAAGGAGAGACUACGACUCGAGUUCGGCUACGACGAAGAGCAGCUGGAGAAGAUUAUCAAGAAGGAGAAGGAACCCGAGAAGCCCAAGGAACCUGAAAAGCCCAAGGAGGAGCCUGAGAAGCCAAAGGAACCUGAAAAGGAGAAGGAGAAGGAGAAGGAGAAGGAACCUGAGCCCCAACGGACUACCUGGAUCAAGGUCCACCGCAAACAUCUUCUCCCCGACACACUUAUUGCCUACCGUCUACCCUGGGACUGGGACGAGCUCGACGGCAACUACAUCAUCAUCAAGCAGUGGAUCUCCGAGGACUUCCAGGAGGAGCUAUUCGCCCACUCGCGGCGUCUGCGUGAGGGCAAGCUUGUUGCUCAGCACUCGAGCACCCUGACCGAGCUGAAGGUGAACGACCGAAAGAAGGACAAAAUGUACCUGGUCCGCAAGAAGAACCCCGGCUCACGUGCCUGGAUCUUCACUUGAUCUCGCAGUUUUUUGACGCGCUACGAAGUGUGAUACCAUGAUUUGAUUAGUCUGAUUUGGUUCUUGUGUUCUUUUGCCUCGUCUGUCAAUAUUUUGUUCUCUUCUUGUUCAUUUUCACAGCUAUCCUAUACAAGAUGUUGGCAUAAUGAAUUGUCGAGUCAUGAUGUUUUGAUUUUUCGUUCCAUGAGUUGGGAUUUGAACAGUUGCUAUAUAUAUGAUACAAUGAUGAUGAUGAUGAUGAUGAUGAUGAUGAUGAUGACCAAACGUCGACCCAUGCAGUCCGUAUCCGAGGCCCUUUU